AUGCCCCCUCUCAAUAAAAACUUCCACCAGAACUCCACCCACGACUCCGUCCAUUCCUCCGCCCAUAAAAACUACUCUCCCCUCGCCUGGAACGGUUACUUCGACGAACUAUUCCACUUGUCCGACGUACUGGUCUUCCUAUCCAGGGCACUUCAGUCUUCCGCGCGGGAGGUGAAGCACUUCGGUACCGUCCUGGCCUUCGAUUUGAAGGGCCACGGUUUUUCGAAGAAGCAGCACAACAAUGAAGAUUUCUCGAUUGAGACCCUGUGCAGCGAGACCAUCGAGGUCCUCAAGGAAUUGCUGCAGCGUUUCCCUGAGAAGAACGUGGUGGUGGUGGGGCAUUCGCUGGGCGGGUCCAUCGCCUGCAGGAUAGUCGACGCGCUGACCAACUUGGAGAAACUGGAGCGGAUUGUCGGCUGCAUCGUCAUCGACGUGGUCGAAGGCACCGCCAUCGAAGCGCUCCCCUUCAUGAACCAGAUCAUCGCUGAUAGGCCCAAACACUUCGAUUCCCUAGACUCCGCCAUCAAGUGGUGGAAAUUGGAAUCUGCGAGAGUAUCGAUGCCGCCCCAACUGGUGGAGUACGAUAAGAACGGCCAGAAGAGGUGGGGAUGGAAGCGUUUGGACAAGGAGCUGACGAUCGCCCAGAUGCAGGGCAAGUUCAAAGUGGUGGUGAUCCACGGGGUGGGCCAUUCGGUCCAGGAGGACGAUUUCAAGGCCACUGCUCGUGAGUUCUACAACUUGCUGAAGGAUUUCAGGAUCCCGAUGACUCUCUCCGAGAAGGCAGAGAAGGAGCUGGUCGGUAUCGCCAAUUUCCAUCCCAAUUUGGUCAAGUAUUGA